AUGGAAAUGGUGAAUAAAGGAGUCGAAAUGAUAUUUGAGCUGAUCCAAAAUGACUUCAGAGCUAUUGACUUUUCAGCAAAAAAAAAUCAUGGAAAGAUCCGUAACUCCAUUGGAUUUUUGAACGGAUUGCAUCUCCUCAACCUGUCAGGUAACACAUUCACAAGCAAUAUACCUCAAUCUUUGGCAAAUCUGACAAAUCUCGAGUCGUUAGACCUAUCCCGGAAUCAGCUUUCUGGUCAGAUUCCUAGAGAUCUUGGCAGCCUCUCCUUUUUUUCAGUCAUGAACUUCUCCCACAAAAAUCUCCAAGGUCCAAUACCACGAGGCACACAGUUUCAAAGGCAUAAUUGUUCAGUGUUCGUGGGAAACCUUAAGCUCUACGGUCUCGAAGAUGUAUGUGGAGAAACUCAUCAUGUCCCGAAUCGUACACCACAAGAAGCAGAGGAUUUGUCGGAGUCAGAAGAACAAGUGAUUAGUUGGAUACUUGGAUAG